AUGAAUGCAAAGGUAGUUCCAAAGGCUUUCUCAAAUCACAUCCAGAACAAGCACAACAACCACGAAGACAAACUGUUUCAGAGGUGUGCACAUGGAGAACUAGAUCAUAAACGUAGAUGGAUUCUCAAUGGAACUACUGCAUAUGACAAGAUUCAGCCAAUUCUAAUGAAUCAAAGCCUUCUACAAGACAUUGCAAAAUUGUCAUCAAAUGCACAAACCAGCUGUCUCGAGGGUUACCACUCUACACUGAACCAAUGGCACCCAAAGAUGACACAUUACUCCUGGAUUGGCUCUCUGUGCAGGCAUAUAAUGGCAGUUUCACAUUUCAACGAAAACCUGCACAGGGAAGCGCAAAAAGACAAAAAUGGAAAGGAAUAUUUCAAAGUUUCUUAUCCUAAAUAUAAACUUGGCGAAGAAGCAGUAAAACCUGUUCCAGUCCCUCCAUCUUACAAUUACGUUGAGCAUACAAAAGAACUUUUAUUUAAAUCAAACGAAGAAGAACUUGGCCAGAUUUGGAAAAGUAUGCUGAUAAGCAGUGGCGUAGCGUCCGGGUAUUCAAGUUAUUCAGUGAAUACCCUGGGAUUUCUCAGAAAAAAUAUUAAUACGACGCAUAAUUGUAAUAAGUAAAAAAUGUUUUGAGGCUAUUGAUUCUAGUUG